AUGCCGGCUGAGUCAGAUCCCAAGCGAGCCAAGGCUGAGGCAAACCUCUAUCCGGAGCACACGUGGGCUGCCAACCACCCGAACCCGAUCACGGUCAAGGUGCUGGUUCCUAAGGAGGAGGUAAACUCCAAGUUCAACUUCAACGGUCAGACUGUCAUGCUCAACAGCAUCGCAACAAACUGCACCAUCAAGGAUCUCAAGGACAAACUCACCAGCUACCUGGGCGGGCUACCGGCGAACAAGAUGAAGUUGAGCACUGUGAAGAUCGGCGUGCUGAAGGACAACAUGUCCAUCGCGUAUUACAACUUCCUCGAGGGAGAGAACCUGAUGGUCGGCAUGAAGGAACGUGGAGGUCGCAAGUAG